AUGGGGAGCAAGCUCUCCAGUGGAGUAAUUCCCAACUGGAAGUCACAGUGUGACAAUGACCUGAGGACAUGUGCCACAGCCGCAGUUUGUCCAUCCCAAUGGCCCUGCCCUGGGAGACUCACUGCUCUGAUUCCCCAGUGGCUACAGGGGGCCCAGAGCGCCUCAGUGCUGUUUGCUGGUUCUCCUCCUCCCUUCACCCUUUCCUUUGUCUCAACAGCAUCUGCAGUGCUGGGAGCGGAUGUGACCCUGAAGCCCAGUGCCUCCAUGACUUCUUUUAUGGCACGGCACUUUCCCCAGCCCACUACUGGCCCCACCCACCGGCCACCCUGGGAGCAGCACUUGCCGCCCCUCAGGAUCCUGUCAUUCCCUCCUGGCCGCCCCCUGGUGCUGCCCGCUUUGCCCAGGACACCUGUGGUGGCCGGAGAUGCUGGUCAAGGCCCCGUUGGGCCUGAGGCUUGUAACAUCAUGGACCAGGUCAGGUCAGAAGGGGGACGACCACAGCCCUCCCAGACUCAGACCAUUGUCCUGACUCAGGCCCCCCUCAACGGGAGUGCUCCAGGUGCCAUCUAUGGGGGUGCUGUGUGUCCUGCACCCCUCUUCUUGGAAGCCACUGCGGUGGAGACGAUUAUGUCCUCCUCCGCAUUUGGGGGCACCCAGGCCGGCAAUGGAGGUUGGUGUCCCGGCCUUCCUCCUCAAGCUCCACCACCAGCUGCCCAGCUGGCCCCCAUCAUCCCCCGAGUGGACCCUGGACCACAGCCACAUGGGGCUUCCAGGGAGGGUGGCCUGGCCGCCUCCCAGUCCAAGGCCUCGCUGGAUGACGCCUGUAACCCCAAGAGUGUGUAUGAGGACUUCCGUCGUUGGCAGUGCUUCAAGGCCCUGGCCCAGGGGCACCUUCCCCAGAGUCCUGAUGUGGGAGCUCUUUGCUGCUUCCUCAUGCCAGCGCUCCGGUCCCUGUCCCGCCUGAGGCCCACCAUGACGCUGGAGGAGGGAAUAGGGCAGGCCAUGCAGAAAUGGCAGCGCAAGAGCAACUUUGACCGGAGGGUCUAUUCUGAGAUGGCAGAAAAGUUCAUGGAGUUUGAGGUGGAGGAGCAGAUGCAGUUUGAGAAGUUGCAGUUGAAGAAGGGGGCGCACACCCAGCCUCCUGCUGCCCCACCGAGACCUGAUUCUCGGGGGCCCCCAGCCCCAGUGGUGGGCAGGCAGCCAGCGCGCACUACCAGGAAGGCUGUACCCAGCGCCCAGUGCGCCCACACACCCCAGCCGCCCUGGGAGACUGAGUCCCGCAAUGGGACCCCCCCUGAGGCCGAGCAAGAGGACAUGGAAAUCAUGGAUGAGCUGCCCAUGGGGGCGCCAGGUGGAGGACGGGAAGAUGAAGAAAAGGAGUGGCUGCAGGACGAGGGUCUCCUGAGCUACCUGGACCAGCUGUGCUCCCAGGAAGACUUUGUCACCCAGGUGGAGGCGGUCAUUCACCCCCAAUUCAUGGAACAAAUAAUGUCCCCAGACGCACAGCAGGAUCCCUUGGCCCUAGCUGAGGAGUUGGAGCAGGAGGAAGGGCUCACUGCUGCCCAGCUGGUAGAGAAGCGACUCCUGGCCUCCAAGGAGGGGGACGUGCAGGCACCCCCGAGUCACGGUGCUCCCCUGUGGGGCUCAAGUCCUUCUGAGUCUGCGACCAGCCAAGAUGCCCAGAGGCGUGACCGUGGCCCCCAGCUGGGGGUCAGUGACAAAGCCUGCCCACCAGAGACCGACUUCAAGGACCAGCAAAGGCUACAGGGCCUUGCCCUGAUGGACUGGAGCAAAGGGGAUGGUUUGUAA